CUCUGAAAUCCGAAUAGGGAAGACUAGCUAGCGGUUUAGUUUACUUGUUGAAUGACACAAACACGAAAGUUUUUUUUUUAAUGUUUUAUUGCUCAUUUGAACCCAUUUUUCUUCACGUUGUUAUAGGAUAUCGUAAUAAUAUCUUCGUUAUCUAAUACAUUGCAUUUGGACUGAGAAGAAAUGCGGGACCGAACCAAGGAACUGGGCAAUACCGCCGAGGCAUCAGACGAGGAUGAAGAGGGCAGGGUACUUAUGAUCAAACCAGGGACUUCUACAGUGAGGGAAGAGGAGAACGAUGCUUUUUUCAAGAAGGUCCAAGAGAUUCGAGAGGGACUGGAGACGCUUAAAAAGGUGGUUUCUGACCUUGAGAACAAACAGAAGACCGUGUUGGGUGUGGCACUGCCAGAGGACGGCAUGAAAAGGGAACUCCAAACCCUUCGGGAAGAGAUCAAAACAAUGGCAAUGCAGAUCCAUAAGAAACUGAAGAUCAUUGAUCCCAAGAAAGGAGAAGAUGAUGGGAAAUACAUCCCCAUAAACCUAAGGAUGCAGAGAGCACAACAUGGCGUCUUGUCUCGGGAGUUUGUGGAGUUGAUGGGCCACUGUAACACCAUCCAGGCUUCCUACAGAGAUCGUAACGUGGAGAGGAUACAGAGGCAGCUCAGAAUCACUGGCACCAAUGUAACAGAUGAAGAGUUGGACGUUAUGCUUGAAAGUGGACAGACUGAUGUUUUCACACAGAAUAUCCUGAUCGAUGCUAAAGCCACUAAGCAGGCGCUGAAUGAAAUUGAGUCCCGGCAUGAUGAGAUCCUCAAACUGGAAAGGAGCAUCAGGGAUCUGCAUGACAUGUUCCAGUACCUGGCCAUGGAGGUGGAGGCUCAGGGGGAGAUGGUCAACCGCAUUGAAGCCAACGUCCUCAACUCAACUGAUUAUGUGCAGAAGGCAGUGGUAAACACACAGAAAGCUGCCAUCAACCAAAACAAAGCACGCAAGAAGAAGAUAUGGAUCGCAUUAUGCUGCGCUGUUCUCCUCCUCAUUUUAGCCAUCUCAUUGGCUGUCAGCUUCUCCUGAGAUCCUGACAUGUGAGUUCCCUCUUGACGUACUCAGUGUCGUCUUCCCCUAACCCACUCUCCUGCCCUGGGACCUUGAAAAUAAGUCCUGUCUUACUGAUAUCACAUAACUUUUAACUAACACCACUCUCAUAUAGACAGGCAGACACACAUACACAAACAAUCAUAGUCUCUCAUGCUCAUGUUAACUGCCCCAGUCUCAGCAAACGGCAAUGAUGAAGGGUUUUUGGCCCCCUUUGUGGCGCCCUUUUCUUCAAUGGCACCCUAAAUGGAAAUGUGUGGACAACUCAUUACUUACUCAACUUGCUGGACCCCUAUGUAUCCACAAGCACGGAAGAAUGCAGUAUUGGAACCAACACGGCACUGAUCAGCUUUACUCAGGAAAACCCAUAGCUAAGGUGAUUCUUAUUGUAUUUGUACAAAGUGAAAGAGAACCUUUUUAGCGCUUAGGGCUUCAUGUUUUUUAAAUGCAGAUAUAGAAUAAUAUAAUUGUAUAUCGCCAAUGUAUUAUUUGGUGAGUAAUUAAGACAUGCAGUUUUAUACAACUUUAAAGAUGUCUGAAAUGGCUUCCAUGUUACCCUUGUAUAUAGAGAAGCUCUUUUAUAAAGAAUUAUUGGCCUCUGAAA